GCCCUUUCCACCUGCCUUCCGUCGUCCUAGAAUUUAUACCUUUCAACUUCCAGUGCUGUAGCAGAAACCGGAGGUUAAAGUGACGGCGCCGCUCUGCUGUCCGCCUUGACGGAGCUUUAAGCUUUUCUUGGCCCUCAGUUUUGCCUCUCUCUCUUUCGUUGUCAAUAUUUGUUUUAGAUAGCUUUUGUUUGAAUCUCAAGUGCGUCGAAUCAGAACUAGAUAUGGUGCAUAAACCCUCCAAGGCCGACAAGAAGCUCGCUUAUGAUGCGAAGCUGUGCAAUUUGCUGGACGAGUUCAGCCAGAUACUGAUUGUGGCGGCUGACAAUGUCGGAUCGAACCAGCUCCAAAACAUCCGCCAGGGUCUCCGCGGUGACUCAACUGUCCUGAUGGGAAAGAACACCAUGAUGAAGCGUUCUAUACGUAUCCACGCCGAGAAUACCGGCAACAAUGCUUUCUUGAACCUCAUCCCUCUGCUCCAGGGCAACGUUGGGCUUAUUUUUACUAAGGGUGAUCUGAAGGAAGUAAGCGAGGAGGUUGCCAAGUACAAGGUUGGAGCUCCGGCUCGUGUUGGUUUGGUUGCUCCUAUUGAUGUGGUUGUUCCUCCUGGUAACACUGGGCUCGACCCAUCUCAGACUUCUUUCUUCCAGGUUCUCAACAUUCCUACCAAGAUUAACAAGGGUACUGUUGAAAUCAUCACUCCUGUGGAGCUUAUCAAGAAGGGUGACAAGGUUGGCUCUUCUGAGGCGGCCUUGCUUGCGAAGCUUGGGAUUAGGCCCUUCUCAUAUGGUCUCAUUGUUCAAUCUGUGUAUGAUAAUGGAUCAGUCUUCAGUCCAGAGGUGCUCAAUCUCACUGAGGAUGAUCUUAUUGAGAAGUUUGCAAUUGGUGUUUCAAUGGUCAAUGCUUUGUCCCUUGCAAUCUCAUUCCCAUCCCUGGCAGCCGCACCAUUUAUGUUCAAGAAUGCCUACAAGAAUGUUUUGGCUAUUGCGCUAGAAAUUGAUUAUCCCUUACCUCAGGCAGAGGAGAUAAAGGAAUAUCUGAAGGAUCCUAGCAAGUUUGCUGCAGCCGCUGCCCCUGCUGCAGCUGCUUCUGAUGGUGCCCCUGCUGCUGCCAAGCAAGAGGAGAAGGCGCCAGAGCCAGAGGAGGAGUCUGAUGAGGAGAUGGGUCUGGGUCUCUUUGACGAUUAGUUUGACUGUGUUUGUUUAUGGAAGUUCUGACAAUGAUUUUGUUUUAAUGUUGGAUUAUAGAUUGAAGUUUCGGUGUUGUGGGGUUAAUAAGCAUUUGGAGUUUGUAUGAAUUAAUAUUUGCUUGUUUAAUUAAGUGACAUUAUUUAGUUGUUUAUUCCUCAGUUUAUGUUCUAUGCAA